AUGGCUACUAUCGUGGAACCUGCUAGGACGGUACCUCCUGUUCUAACGUAUCAUCAGGUACCUGAGACAAAGUUCGAACUGCAAUGGGCAGAUCUCGCCACGCUCGACCUCUCCCUGUUCGACACGCCAGGUGGAAAGGAGAAGCUUGCGAAGCAGCUUUUCCAGGCUAUUGAGAAGAUUGGGUUCUUCUACAUCACAAACUUCGGCCUAAGCCAAGAAGCAGUCGACCGCCAAUUCGCUAUCGGCAAAGAGCUCUUCAACCUCUCCACAGAAGAGAAGCUCAAGUACCGGGCAGAUCUUGAGAAUGGAGGCUACAACGGCUACAAACCCCUCGGGCUGCGCGAAGUACGUCCUGGCGUGCAAGACAACACUGAGAUCUACAACAUCCCCAAGUUUGUUAAAGAGCUGGAGCGCGCACACCCAGACAUCAUCAACACGCACCGCGAGGAGAUUGAGCGAUUCGCACGCCACAUCAAUGACGAUGUCGUCGGGAAGCUGCUGGUUCUGCUUGCCAUCAUCCUCGAGCUACCCGAGGAUUUCUUCCUGCAGAAACACCGGUAUGACGAGAAGAGCGACUGCCAUCUGAGAUACAUGAAGUACCACAAGCGGACGCGGGAGCAGAACGAGACGCUUGACAACGUGUGGGUGAAGGGGCAUACAGACUUUGGGUCCUUGACCCUACUUUUCCGACAGCCGGUAGCUGCGUUGCAGGUUCGUACACCGGAAGGCGAGUGGCGAUACGUGAAACCCUACCCCGGAAGCAUCACGGUCAAUAUUGCGGACUCUCUUGAGUUCCUCACCAAUGGGUUCUUGAAAAGUAGUAUCCAUCGUGUAGUCGCUCCACCGCCAGAUCAGGCCGACAUUGAUCGCCUAGGCGUGUUGUACUUUGUGCGCCCAGAGGACAACGUUGUAUUGAAUCCGAUUCAGAGUCCGGUCCUGGAGAAACUUGGCUACACGAAGAGCAAGGAUGAGAGCGCUGUUGGAAUUACGGCUGGAGAGUGGGUGAAAGCGAGGGUCGCGAAGGGCGUUGCAAAAGGUCGCGUUAGGAGCGAGCUCAACGAGGAGACCAUCAUCGCAGGGAAGAGCGCCAAAUAUUACGACUGA